AUAAAGAAAAACGAUUGGAUAAAGAAAAGCAAUUGGAUAAAGAAAAGCAAUUGGAUAAAGAAAAGCAAUUGGAUAAAGAAAAGCAAUUGGAUAAAGAAAAGCAGUUGGAUAAAGAAAAGCGAUUGGAUGAAGAAAAGUGGUUGGAUAAAGCAAAGCGAUUGGAUAAAGAAAAGCGGUUGGAUAAAGAAAAGCGGUUGGAUAAAGAAAAGCGGUUGGAUAAAGAAAAGUAA